GGUAUUACAAUUGGAGCUGUUGUUGUACCGCAGGGGAUGGCUUAUGCCCUACUUGCAAAGCUAGAAGUUCAGUUUGGUUUAUACUCUUCCUUUAUGGGCGUCCUGAUAUACUGGUUCUUUGCAACCUCGAAGGAUAUUACUAUUGGUGUACGUUAUCCCUCUCCCCUGAAUUUUGGGAUUGUGUUGACUCCUGAAACAGCCUGUUGCCGUCAUGUCAACAAUUGUUGGUAAUGUCGUUAUCAAAGCAAAUGCCAUCGAUCCUAGUAUACCAGGGCAUGUUAUUGCCUCUGCAUUGGCUGUAAUUUGCGGGGCUAUCAUUGUGACAAUCGGUCUCCUUCGAAUGGGAUGGAUCGUUGAUUUGAUCUCGCUCACUUCUAUCACCGCAUUCAUGACCGGAUCGGCUAUCAGCAUCGCAGCUGGCCAAGUUCCAACUAUGAUGGGCAUCAGCAAACUUCUGGACACCCGCGCUCCCACAUAUCUCGUCAUCAUCAAUACCUUGAAACAACUCAAGCACUCAAACUUGAAUGCGGCCAUGGGAGUUACUGCUCUUGCGAUGCUAUACAUUAUACGCUUCGCGUGCAGCUAUGCUGCCAAGAAGUAUCCCAGUCAAAAGAAGACGUUCUUCUUCGUGUCGACUCUCCGAACAGUAUUCGUUAUCCUGCUCUACACACUUAUCAGUUAUCUCGUCAACAGGAACCAUCGCGCACAUCCGCUAUUCAGCAUCUUGGGAAACGUUCCUAGAGGAUUUCAGAAUGCCGCGGUUCCGACGAUCACCAUACCUAUUAUCAAGUUGUUCAUCUCCGAAGUGCCUGCCUCCGUCAUUGUUCUCUUGAUUGAGCACAUCGCGAUCUCAAAGUCCUUUGGCCGAAUCAACAACUACGUUAUUGACCCGUCACAAGAAAUGGUCGCCAUCGGCGUUACCAACAUCCUCGGGCCCUUCCUCGGCGGGUAUCCCGCCACGGGUUCUUUCUCCCGCACAGCAAUUAAGUCCAAGGCCGGAGUCCGCACCCCAUUUGCUGGUGUAAUCACUGCCGCCGUGGUACUCCUUGCUAUCUACGCCUUACCUGCAGUCUUCUUUUACAUCCCGAGCGCGAGUUUGUCAGGAGUUAUUAUUCAUGCCGUUGGUGAUCUCAUCACCCACCCGAACACGAUCUACCGAUUUUGGCGAGUCUCGCCAUGGGAGGUCCUCAUAUUCUUCGUCGGUGUGUUUGUUACGAUCUUCUCAUCUAUUGAGAACGGUAUCUACUGCACGAUCGUCAUCUCGGCCGCUAUUUUGCUUUUCCGUGUAUUGAAAGCCAAGGGCCGAUUCCUUGGACAGGUUAAGAUCCACUCCGUCCAUGGAGAUAAUAUCCUUGGCGAUAGCGAUCAAUACAACCAACAGGAUUCUGAUGCUCCGACAUCCAAUGCCGCCAGCACAGACGCACGCUCCCGCAAUAUUUUCCUUCCCAUUGAUCAUGACGACGGGUCGAACCCCGAGAUCGAGAUCAAAACCCCAUACCCUGGAGUCUUCAUAUACAGAUUCUCUGAAGGCUUCAACUAUCCCAACGCCAAUCACUAUCUUGACCACUUGACGAAUCACAUUUUUUCUGUCACUAGGCGCACCAAUCCGAAUUCGUACGGGAAGCUAGGAGACCGUCCUUGGAACGACCCCGGACCUCGCCCUGGACAAGAAGAGGUCGACAACUCCGGAAAACCUACUCUUAAAGCUAUUAUCUUCGACUUCAGCUCUGUGAACAAUGUUGACAUCACCUCGGUGCAGCAGCUUAUUGACGUGCGCAACCAGCUGGACAAAUACACAUCACCGGAGGUCGUUGACUGGCAUUUCGCUUGCAUCAACAACCGCUGGACCAAGCGGGCGUUGGUUAGUGCUGGAUUCGGAAACCCAUCCCAGCCAGGCGUCGACUUCAACCACCGAUGGAAGCCAAUCUUCAGCGUGGCAGAAAUUGGCGGCGCAGACUCUGCCGCCGAGACUGCUGAGUGUAUUGAAAAGGACGAGCUUGUGAAGCACCGGACACGCGAUGGUGAACGCACCUCCUCUAGCCCUGACGACAUUGGAAACAGCCCCUCGACCACCACCACUGAUGGCCUUGUGCCCCAGUUGAAGCAGUCGUCUCGUGUCGCAGUAGUUCACGGGCUCAACCGCCCGCUUUUCCACACCGAUCUCGCUGGCGCCUUCCAGAGUGCCGUCGCCAAUAUUGAGUGGAGGCAGCAGUAUGAGGACGCAGGUGGCGCGGGCAUCGGUCAGCUGCCUUAAUUGUUGCGGUUUUUGGUUUUGUGUUUUCCGAGAUACCCACCGGGUCUACUAUGAAUUGUUUGGGUCGUUUUUUCAGCGUGCUUGUCCUUUGAGGGGUUGGGAAUUCAACGAAAUCUAGUACAUGUAUCUGUGGUACAUAAGAUGCGAAAUUGGUUGGACAAAGUAUUAUCUUCUAUAUGGCCAGCAUUUAGCAGUAGCUUAUAAACCUC